ACUCAGCGCUCAGUAUCAGUUGAAAAUAAUCAGCAUACGAUACGAUUUAACAAACGAAUUGUAUAGACUCGAAAGCACAUUCAAGUGUUUUAAAGCUAAAACUAAUUUUAUCGUUGAAAGUUCGAAAAGUGAAACGUGUUGAUAGUGUAAACGAAAUGUCGCUAGUUCCGAUUUUGUUCCGCGGAUGGUGUGACGAUAUUUGGGAUGUCCCACCCAGACCAUCGACCAUACUGGAGAAGUAUUUUGGGGAGGACUUUUUCCCAGACGAGCUCAUCUUGGCAAUCGACCAAGUUCCAAAGCGUCGAAUGGUGAAACGUCCACGAUUUUCUGCUGCUAAUCACCAAGCCCAAAACAAUCAUGCAGCCGUAAUGCGCACCAAGGAUGGAUUCCAGGUGAGCGUGGACGUUCAACAGUUUGCCCCGGAGGAGAUAUCGGUGAAAAUGGUAGAUGACUACAUCACGGUAGAAGGCAAACACGAAGAAAAACAGGACGAGCAUGGAUUUGUUUCGCGGCACUUCAUCCGCAAGUAUCGACUUCCUGAAGGACAUGAUGCGGACAAUGUGGUUACGUCCCUUUCUUCCGAGGGUGUUCUAACGAUUAGAGCUCCCAAACUGGCUUUACCCGAAACGAAAGCGGAAAGGACGAUUCCGGUAGAGCAGACGGGAAAACCGAUCAAGGGGAACGAGAAUAGUUCUUAAUAUAAGUCAUAUGUUGAUAUACGCUUUCUUGCUACCUCGCUCAAAUCGAAAAUGUAAGCAUUUACUUUUAAUAAAAUAUUUGUUAUGUUCAGUUUA